AACCUUAUUGGGUUUGAUAACAGGUCCUCAAUUGUAGAUUGAAAUUAAUUGGUUAGGUAAUUCCACACAAUCAAAUUGGAUAUUCGGAUAGAUAAUUCUUGGUUCCGGUCUUAGAUCUGAGACCGAAAUCUAAACUGUUUACCCUAAGCGAUUAUUUUUCCUUUUUAUCUGAUAAAAGUUCGUAUGCUUGUAUCUAAUCCAUGUUGAAAGAAGAGGUGUCUCGGUACUAUAGUGAUAUUAUGGAAAAAGAGCCUGAUGUAAGUGCUAGUAUAGCAGCAAUAAGUACACUGUUGAAACUAUUGGAACAUGAUAAAUCUGAAACUGUACAAGAACUUGAUUUGAAUUUGCAAUCUGCUGUAGAAGUAAUAACAAAUACAAGUUUCCGUGUCACUGGUGUAUCAUCAGGAUGUGCAUUAUUUAUGCGAUUUAUUACAUUUGCAAAAUUGGAUAACAUAACUUUUGCCGAUUGUAAGAAAGUCAUGUUGGACAGAGGAAAAGUAUUUUUGAAAAAAUUGACUGAAGCUAGAAACAAAGUUGCCAAAAUUACUCUUCCUUUUUUCGUUGAUGGUAUAAAUAUCUUAACACAUUCAAAAUCAAGAGUAGUGUUAGAAGCAAUGAAAUUAGCAGUAAAUUCUCAAAAAAGAUUUCAUGUUUAUGUAUCUGAAUCAGCUCCUGAUAAAAGCGGAAUUGAAAUGUAUAACUGUUUGAAGAAACUUAGUAUUCCUUGUACGUUGAUAUUAGACUCUGCUGUUGGUUACAUCAUGGAAAGAGUGGAUAUGGUUAUGGUAGGAGCAGAAUGUGUUGUAGAAAGUGGUGGAAUCAUAAAUAAAAUUGGAAGUUGUACUAUGGCUAUUUGCGCUAAAGAACUGAAAAAACCAUUUUACGUACUGACUGAAAGUUAUAAGUUCUCCCGAAUGUAUCCUCUAAAUCAAAAAGAUUUACCUAAUAAUUUUAAAUAUACUGCAAACAAUUUGAACGAUGAUAAUUUAUUAAAUGCUCAUCCUUCAGUGGAUUAUACACAUCCAUCUUACAUCAGCUUGCUUUUUACUGACCUUGGAAUAUUGAUGCCAUCAGCAGUUAGUGAUGAGUUAAUCAAACUAUAUCUUUGAUUUAUAUAAAAUCUACAUGUAAAAUGAAGUGUAAGUUUUUUUGUUAUAUAAA